AUGACGCUGAAAUCCAGCUUUUCCUGUUCAAUUCCCCUCUCCCUCCACCCCACCAAUCCCCCCCCUCCCCCCUCCGUCUUUCUAUCCCUCCCCCUCCUUCCCCCUUCCACUUCCACGCCUGCCACACCCCCCCCCCCCCCCCCCACCCCCCCCCCCCAACCCCCCCCCCAACCCCCCCCCAACCCCCCCCCAACCCCCCCCCAACCCCCCCUUCUUCCCCCCUCCCUCCCCUUCCGCCCCACCUCUGGCAGCAGCAGCGUCACCCCGAAGUUGCUUCUCGCUCAUAUUCUGGGCCUGCCGGAAGGGAAAUGCGACCACAACAACAGCAGCAGCGCCGGCGGCGGCGGCGGCCCUGGUGCGCAGUCGGGGGGGGGAUUGAUGGCGGAGGGAGGAGGCGGAGGGGUGCGGAGUGAGAGGGGAACAGCAGCAGCAGCGGCAGCAGCGGCAGCGGUGGCGGUGGCGGUGGCACGGGGAGCGGGACGUGCAGCAGGGGAGCUGGCGCUUUGGAGGGAUGAAUUGGAGGACGAUGCGGAUGGUUAUGCUGAGCGCAUGAGCUCCCCAUACAUUUUCGAACCAUCUGGAUAUCCCCCUUGGAUCUUCCCUGGUGCUGCUGCUGCUGCUGCUGCUGCUGCUGCUGCUGCUGCUGCUGCUGCUGCCACCGCCCCUGCCAACCCCCAUGACAACCAGACAGCAGCAGCAGUGGCUGCAGCAGCGGCAGCAGCAGCAGCAGCAGCAGCAGCAGAAGAAGAAGAAGAAGAAGAAAGUGCAGCGGUUGUGCAGUGGAGGAAGGGGUUGGAUAAGGCGGAUUUGCGGUGCGAGAAUUUCUGGGGGGACGGGUUUUCGGAGGUUCACACAUUGCUAGGCACGCCCCCUGUGGGCACCUUCCCGCAUGCACCGUGGGACGAGGGCAAUAAGCUGCUCAUGGCGCGUGGGGGGGAGGAGGUGCGGAGUGUUAUGGGGCGUGUGGAGGAGGAGGAAUACCCCAUGUGCGAUGAAGGGGCGUUCCAGGUGCUGCUGCAGGGCGUGGUGGAAGAGAGAGGUGGGGGGGAUGGGGGAGGAGGAGGGGGACGGGGAGGCGGAGAGGGAGGGGGUGGGGGAGGGGGAGGGGGAGGGGGAGGGGGAGGCGGAGGGGGAGGGAGAGUGGGAGGGAAGAGACGCGGGUUGCGUGAGACGGGAGGGGUGGAGAAAAGUGGGGGAGCGGAUGGGGGACAGGGGGGAAGUGGGGAGGGAGCCGGGGGAGCCGGGGGAGCCGGGGGAGACGCUGCAGGGGAGGGCGGUUGGUCGUUAGCGGUGGGACUAGCGCCGGCAAGGAUAGAGGCGCUGGUGAACGAGCAUGGCAACACACGGGAUCUCCUAAGGAGCUUGCGCACUGCUGAUCGGAUCAAAUGUGGCGUGGUGGAGCAGCGGCCAGUGCUGUUAGUAACGCGCUACGAGUAUGUCAACCUGUACCACACCAGCACAGACUGGCAGAGUGCCUUCCAUGCCAUGCGCCUGCUGCACAUCUCCGUGCGCCCCCUCGUGGUCUUCCUCGACGCCCACGCUAAGGGCAACCUAGACGAGGCGUGGGCGACGAUGUUCGGCCCGUACCGAUUCAUCAAGGAGUAUCAACACCACCUGCCUCCUGGCACAGCGGUGUGCUUCCAUCAUGCAGUCUUUGUGCCCGUCGGAUAUGCCACGCCCAUCUUCCACUCCUACGUCAAGGAGGCCGUGCCUGUGAGGAGGUGUGUGGCGGACACAGCAGUGCAGGGAGGCAGGGAGUGGGGCGUAACACCAUUCGGAUCCACAUCGCGAAUCACCGAAUUCGCCGAGUUUGUCAUCAAGUCCCACGGCCAUGACUCGAACCCCCGUGACCCUCAUACUGCCACCGGUGCUGCUGAUGCUGCUGAUGCUGGUGGUGGCGCUGCUGCUGCUGCUGCUGCUGCUGCUGCUGCUGCUGCUGCUGCUGCUGCUGCUGGUUUGACUCGCAUGGAGUUCUUGUGGUGGAGGGAUAGAGCAGUGGCAGGGCCGUCUGUGGUCAACAAACUGGGGUAUUUCCCUUUAGUAGACUGGGGGAAGUUGGGUGAGGGCAAUCCAGCCCCGCAGCAGCAGGGGCAGCAGGGACAGGAGGAGGGAGGGCAACGGGGGAGGCACUUGUUAUGGAAAUUGGAAGGGGGGAAGGAGGGAGAGAGGGAGGAGGACAGGCAGGUGGAGAAGCUGUGGGAGGAGAAGCAAAGGACGCAGCCGUGGUGGCAGCAGCAGCAGCGGGAGCAGGAGAAGGAGGAGAAGCAGGGGAAGCCACAGGAGCAGGAGCAGCAGCAGGGGCAGCAGCAGCAGCAGGCAGGUCUCCGGAAAAUUCUGGAGCAACACGCUCAGCAGCAGCAGCAGCAGCAAGGAGAAGAGCAACAACUUGUAUCUAUCGACCUCUUAGAGCAAACCGCUUGGAGCCGGCCCGUGCGCGUGCUGGUGAUCCGGCGAGACUUCUUCCUGGCGCACCCGCGCAUGGAAGACAGCGGGUGGGUGGAGGAGCGAGUGGAGGGCGUUAACGACCUCGUACGGUCGCUCAAGCAGUGGGCGUGGGAGCGCGGCGGGCUGAGACUGCUGGAUACAGCAGAGAGGGUGGACAGGAUGGGAUCCGUGGUGGCCUGGUCCUUCCGGCAGCAGAUGGAGGCUGUAUACUGGGCUGAUGUGAUUGUGGGGGCGCACGGGGCUGGUCUCACUCAUGUCAUGUACAUGCGCCCGGGAUCCGCUCUUGUGGAGCUACGGCCGAUGUCGGACGCGAGGGACCAUUACCAGCUGCUUGCGAAUCACCGCGGGUUGCGGUAUGUUAGAAUAGAGCCGAACGACAAGGGGGGUGUAGAUGUGAAUGAUGUGACGCGGGCGUUGAGGACUCUAUUGGAAGAGGAUGUGUGA